GCCAAAACCACUCAUUAAUGUAACAACAGAAGAUGAAGGUGAAAGAGCUGGAGAGGUUUGCUUAUUCCGCCUGGUCACCAGCUUCAUUUGGACCGACUACUUUGGCCACACUCACUGCGGAAGAAGAUAACUCAUCCGGAACCUUGGACACCAGUACCCCCGUCCUGGAACUCUUCCACUUCCACCCACAAGAUCCUUCCUUUGGACUGACGGUAAAAGUGACGGUUCAAGUCACAUCCAGGGCUACGUGUUUGUGUUGGGGGACACCAACUGCAAGUUUCCCUCUUGGAAUACUGAUUUCUGGAACCGCUUUUGGAGGUCUGAAUCUGUACAACCCAAACAGUGUGUUGUACGGUGCAGAUGGAGCUAACCUCAAUGUUGACGACCAAUUCUCUACGACAUCGAUAGUGGUAACCAGUCGAGAGAACGUGCACACCGGCGUGGUCAGAUGCGUUGACUCCAACCGAUUUCAGACCAACCUAUUUGCGUCGGUCGCAGAUGAGGCCGAGAUUCUUAUUUGGGAUGUGGAGAAAAUGGACCAACCCAUGUCACCUGGGAACAAACUUCAGCCCAUCGAGCCAAUCACCACAGCGGCUUGGAAUCCGCGUGUGCAACACAUUCUAGCCACUGCCAGUGCCGGACAUUGUACAAUAUGGGAUUUGCGCCGAAGCGACCCCGUUGUACAUUUGACAAAAGCUAUGUGUCAGUUCGAACCACAUCUGAUGGCUUGGAGUCCAGAUGUGGCCACACGCCUGUGCCUCGCCGACCCGGCCAAUCCGACGGCAGAAAUUCAACUGUGGGAUCUCAGAUUUCCGAAGCAUAUGCUCGCCCUUCUCGCUCGUUGGCCUCCUCCGAAUGCCAGUCUUCUGAGUCAUGCCGCUCUGGGUAACGCUGGAAGUAUAAAUGCGCUUGCUUGGUCUCCGUCUUCUACGCAUCAGCCAACGAAACCAAGCCUAUCACUGAAUGAAUCCGAUUUGAUUGCUGUGUCGCUCACAGCCUCAGGAGCGUUGCCUACUAUGGAUGGGGGAUACGGGACCAGUUUGCAACCCACAAGCGCCGACUUUUUGACUGUUUGGAGUGUGGAAGAAGCUCUAAAGUCCGUUCAGGCAGAUGCUUCAUCCUCUUCGACAAUGCAGCAACCUUUGUUUGUUGGACGUUUGGAGGAUUCCGGAUCAGAAUUAUCGCCGACGUCUACUUCACUCAGCGGCUUGCCAAGCAACGCGAGUGUUCAUUGGCUCCCAGCGCAUCCUGGCCUGGUAUGUGUCACCCAAUCAGAGGGGUGGAUUAGCAUAAUAAACCUGAGCGCCGGGUCAGAUGAGACAGCUCAACCGUCUAGAAGGAACUUGCAAACUGAUCUAAUGGCGAAGCAUACUCGAGCUCGGCAUGCGUCCCACAAAGUCGCUGAGGCUUUUGGCGAAGAGGUUGACUUAAGCAGCCGUACCUCCCCAACAACCCUGCGGGAAAUGGAUCCUCUGGCAGAAGCAACUUCCGAAAUUCGACUGACCGGAGCUCCUCGCGUCGGGGAUGCUGCGGAUGGAGACAUUUUUCAGGCUUCUACCAGACCAUCUCCACUUCCUCAGCCCAUGCCCCGUUUGCGACUGGCUCCUCGAUGGUUGAAACGACCUUGCUCUGCCAGUUUCUCCUUUGGCGGUGUACUUGUUUGGUUUUCGAACGACAAAAACCCGUCGAAACAGUUGACCCAGUCCUCUUCACCGUCUCCUUCAACGCCAGACAUGACUUCGACAUCAACAGCACCGGGACACCAACCCACUGUCCAGCUCCAGUGGAUAGAGACUGUGAACGAUUGUGACCCAGUUUCUGGUUUGGACGAGAGCGUUGGAAACAAACUAGAACUGCUUCAACGAAUGAUCGGCUGGUUAUCCGAUGCGGUUUGUCAACCGGCAACCGAUCUCGGGUUCGUUUGUGAUGGUCUGGAGGAACUCUGUAAGCCAUCUGCAAUAGAAUCGGAAGGUGGGAUGAAGCAAAUCAGUCCGUGGAAGAUUCUUCGGUCUCGGCUACAAUCAGUGGACACCAUGACCACCAUCAUCUCUAGCCUUCUGGGAUGUGAUGAACAAACAGUUCGAAUGCGUAUUGAAACGGCCUUACAGAGUUCCACGGAUUCUCCGUCUGAUAUGAGCUGUUUUUGUGGCUCUCAACCCCGUCGCGAAGUUGCGAUUUCACGUUUGGAUUCUUUGAAAAUGGCACUGGUUACGGCGGACCUUCCCUCAGCUAUCCGUCUUUGUCUCCAUAGCUUGCUGCCAUUCAAACCAGUAAUGCUGUUGCGUAUCAAGGGUCGUCGACAAGUUCAGGUUCGGCUUGUAUGUCCCAGUGCAAAAUCCAUGAAUUCUGGUGACUGCUUCAUUUUGGUCACUUCGGAUGUGGUGUUUGCCUGGUUCGGUGCGUUCGCCAAUGUUGUCGAGGUCAACAAAACUCGCGAACUGGCCGGUUGGAUUCACAGGUCCCACGAAUUGGGUUAUCGUGCCUCGGAAUCCAUUAGUGGAAAUUCCAUCACAGUUCAAGAAGAUUUAGCAGAACAUGUGGCGAAAAGCAGCGAAUCUGUUCACAAAUUUUGGAGGGCUUUGGGGUAUGAUGAACCGCAAACGGUUCAAGCUUGUGGCGCUUCAGAUGAGGACGAGUUGUACGAAAUACUCAUCCAACAUACCAACCGAGUGUUCCAAGUCACCACCGAACAACCGGUCCCAUGCAUGGAACACUGGGGAAGACCAUUGAUACACGCUCUUUUGAAAGAUGAUCAAGCGUUUGUGUUUGGUUUUGGCUCUGAAAUUUACCUGUGGACUGGAACGCAACUAUCUGCGGAGCUCUGA